UCACUCUGGACCUCCAGCACCUGCAGAAUCCCCUGCGUCUAAAGUUUGCCCAGCCCUGUUACUCCCUCGGAGCCGUGACACCGCGCCGUCUCUCAGAGACAGGAAACGCUGUUGGUAAAUUAGAAAUAAAAACAGGUACACAGCCAAGCUGCCGAGAGGCGUCGAUCAACUCAAUUCCCCUCCGCAAUUAAAUGGGCAACAGAUGCUUCUUCAAAAGUCUACGCCAGCAAAGCAGAGGCCAGGCAGUUUGAAGUUUGCCUGCUCUUGGGGGAGGGUUUGCUGGCCCCCCCCCCCCCCCCGCCACUGCCCCCAGUCAGGCUGGUGUUUCUGUGUGACACAUCCCCUGGGGGAGGGGAGAGAGAGGUUUUAAUGUGAAGCCCUGUAUUGAGGAAGUUGCGAUUACCACAGGAGACCAUUUCACUUCCUGGAACUUGGCAGCUGCAAGAGGACGGGCGCUUCUGCUCUGACGCAGAGAUACAUCGCGGCGACAGGCCCUCCCAACCCGACGAGCUCGCGGUGCCCCACCACCCAGGCCGUGCUCUCUUCUCGCUGCUGCCAUCAGCUCGGACCUGCCUGUGGCUGACCACCGUUUCCCGCCCUGCGCCCGCGCCGUCUCACCGCAGAGAUGCACUGCGGCAUGGCCAGCCGUGUCUGCAGACAGAGGCAGAAGGAACUUGGGGUGGGCAGGCACGAUCAGGCCUUCAAGUACCUGGGGCAGGACUUUCAGACUCUCCGCGAUGACUGCCUGAGCCGAGGGGUGAUGUUCGAGGAUGUCCACUUCCCCCCCGGUCCCUCCAUCAUCGGGUUCAAGGAGCUCGGACCAAAGUCGUCGAAGACGUCUGGGAUUCGCUGGAAGAGACCUGGGGAGAUCUGCACCAACCCCCGGUUCAUCAUCGACGGAGCGACUCGGACAGACGUCUGCCAGGGGGCCUUAGGGGACUGCUGGCUGCUGGCCGCCAUCGCCUCGCUCACCCUGAACGAGAAGGUUCUGCAGCGCGUGGUUCCGCACGGACAGGGGUUCCAGCACCAUUACUGUGGGAUCUUCCACUUCCAGUUCUGGCAGUUCGGGGAGUGGGUGGACGUGGUGAUUGAUGACCGCCUCCCGGUGAAAGACGGACCUGACCACAAUGAGUUCUGGAGCGCCCUCCUCGAGAAGGCCUACGCCAAGUUGAAUGGAUGUUAUGAGUCACUCUCAGGAGGCAGCACCUCAGAGGGUUUUGAGGAUUUCACAGGAGGGGUGACUGAGAUGUACGACCUUCACAAGUCACCUGCCAACCUCUACGGAAUCAUCCAGAGGGCGCUUGAGCGCGGUUCAUUACUGGGCUGUUCCAUUGACAUCAGCAGCAUGUUCGACAGGGAGGCCGUGACCUUCAAGAAGCUGGUCAAAGGUCACGCCUACUCACUGACCGGCGCCAAGGAGGUACUGUGUCGAGGAGGCCUGGUGAAACUGGUCCGUCUUCGAAAUCCCUGGGGUGAGGUGGAGUGGACUGGACCCUGGAGUGACAGAUCCAGUGAGUGGAAUCACGUCGAUCCCGGCCACCGCAGGGAGAUGCAGGUGAAGUUGGAGGACGGGGAGUUCUGGAUGUCAUUUGCGGACUUCCAGAAGGAGUUCAACCGGCUGGAGAUCUGUAACCUGACGGCGGACGCGUUGUGCUCAGACAGGCUGCACUCCUGGAGCACCUCUCUGUACGAGGGGGCGUGGAGACGGGGGAGCACAGCCGGAGGGUGCAGGAACUUCCCAGCCACGUUCUGGAUUAAUCCUCAGUUUAAGAUGGAGCUGCGGGAGGAGGACGAUGACUCUGAGCACCAGGAAUCGGGUUGUAGCUUCCUCAUCGCCCUGAUGCAGAAGAAUCGCCGCCGGCUCCGCCAGGUCGGACAGGACAUGGAGACUAUUGGCUUCGCCAUCUACGAGGUACCCCCAGAGUACGCCGGGCGGUCGGCCGUUCACCUGAAGCGCGACUUCUUCCUGACGCACGGGUCGCGCGCCCGCUCAGAGCUCUUCAUCAACCUCCGGGAGGUGAGCAGCCGCUUCCGCCUGCCGCCGGGAGAGUACAUCAUCGUCCCGUCCACCUUCGAACCCAACAAGGAGGGUGACUUCUGCCUGAGGGUCUUUUCCGAGAAGCAAGCCCAUUCUGAGGAGCUGGACGAUAAGAUCAGUGCCAAGCUGGAGGAGGAGGUGGAGGUCCCCGAGCACGAGAUUGACGAGAGGUUCAAGAACCUGUUCCGGCAGUUGGCCGGGGAGGAUAUGCAGGUCUCGGUGACGGAGCUUCAGACCAUCCUCAAUCGUGUGGUGGGAAAACACCAGGACCUGAAGACAUCGGGUUUCAGCGUGGAUGCCUGUCGCUCCAUGGUGAACCUCAUGGACCGGGAUGGGAACGCGAAACUCGGGCUGACGGAGUUCAACGUCCUGUGGAACAAGAUUCGAAAGUGGCUGGGUGUUUUCCGACAGUUCGACCUGGAUAAAUCCGGCACAAUGAACUCCUACGAGAUGAGGCUGGCCCUGGAGUCGGCAGGUAGGGAGCACACGGGUGGUUUGAGAGCGUUUCCCGGCCGGGACUGACACGGCCAAAGGGCC